GGGAAGUCACUCUAUUAUACGUUUCAAAAUGGAGGACGAAAUUCCAGUGUCAGAUUAAACAAUUUUGUGUUUUAUUUUGUCCCAGACUGUAAAUAAUUUAGCUUUCAACAUGUGACUAAGGUUAAUAAGUGUCCCAAAAUGGAUUCCGUCCAACAGUUAAUGACAUCGUGCGAGCAGGGCGAUGUUGAUACUGCACAGGCGGUGUUGGACGAGGGUCUUGGAGUCGAUACUCCUGACGAAGAUGAAAAUACUGCUUUAAUGGUCGCUGCAGGAAAUGGACAUGACCAGGUGGUAAGAUUAUUACUUAUGAGAGGGGCAUCAGUAGACAAGACUAACCUAUAUGGGUGGACCCCUGUAAUGCAGGCAGCUAGACACGGGCACGCUAACAUUGUGUCUUUAUUGCUGCAACAUCCAGUCGACAUUAAUGCUACAAACAGCUUUGGUGCUUCAGCUCUAAUGCUAGCAGCUCGUGGGGGACAUCUACAGGUGGCUAAACUCCUGGUGGAGGCUGGGAUAGAUAUCAACGGGUCAAGUCAGUGCGAGUAUACGCCCCUUAUGACAGCAGCUCAACAAGGGCACGAUGCUGUGCUGAGAUUGUUGCUCGACCGAGGCAGUGACGUGAAUUACCGCACACCCUCAACCGGAGUAACGCCCCUCAUGUUGGCCUCGUUGAAUGGUCACAUGACUACUGCCCAGAUUCUUAUUGAGAGAGGUGGCGACCCAAAUAUAAUAAAUGGGUUAGAUCAUACCGCGCUAACAAUAGCUGCAAUUAGAGGAAAGCGGGAAGUGCGGGGAUUUUUGGAAAGGAAAACAACUAACAAGCCUAUCAUAGAGCCUGAAGACAGAAAACCUGAUAUAAUUGAUGCAGCUAAAAGAGGUGAUAUACAACGUAUACGUGAUAUACUAGAUAUCGACGUCAGUCAGCGUGACACAUGUUCUCCACAAGAUGGCGCCACACCUCUCAUGUUUGCUGCGAUGACAGGGCGAAUCGAUAUAGCACAGUUAUUGUUCGAGCGAGGUUGUGAUAUAAAUAAGCAGGAUACGAUCAGUGGGUGGACAGCACUAAUGCAGGCAACAUAUCAUGGGAAGAAAUCUGUGGCAAUUUUUCUGAUCAAUGUGGGUGCGGAUGUGACUACGCAAGCAAAAAACGGCUGCACCGCGUUUGAUAUGGCGUCAUUGAUAGAGGAUGCAGAUACAGAGUUACUACGGUUACUGGCAACUCGGGCCAUGCAUGUUGAUAAAGGAGAAAAACCCAAGACCAAACAUAAUUGGUCGAAACAAAAUGGAACUUCAACAUCUCUUUCACUGUCACCAGAACAGCUGCUAGAUGAUCAACCAAAAAGUGGCUUAAAGGGCUGGUUAAACAGGUUAUCAAACCGGUUUAGGAACCUGAAAAUCGGUAGGACUUUUAAUACUAACAAUCGACUGAUGCCACUAACUGCUGAUGGUCAGUCGGACAGUAUACAAGAUCUGACGUCAUUAAAACAAUCUCACAGUAGUCCUCAACUAUCUCCGAAGAAGAAUAAUUUUGUAAUGGAGCCUGUGACACAGUCUAUGACAAGCUACGAGACUAUGAAACAGGAGACAAAGAAAAGUGCCGCCUUAUAUACCCUUGACAUCAACCCUCCUCAUUCCAACAUGACAACAAGUGACACAUUGAAGCCAGUAAUUCCGCCAUUUCUACCACCACCUUCAUUUGACCUGGACAGCCCGUCGCGACCUUGGAGAGGUCUUGGUGGCCGAUCUAAGACCACUAUGACUGGCAUUGAUAGUAACAGUACUCUUAGUUCCGGUCAUGAGCGGCCUAUUUUACGUCCUAUGAAGUUUUUACAGAACCACAGUAGCUAUACUAGUCAAAUAUCUCCCACAAAUUCUGCUAGAUUUACACAGAAUGGUAGUAACCCAAGUCCUAACUCCUCAGGUGAUUACCAGGGUACCGGGCUGUUCCUUCCACCAUCAUCAUCAUCCACAUCAUAUACAUCAGAGAGAAAUCAAAUGUUCUCGUCCUUAUCUCAAACUCCUUCUAGACUCUUCAUGCCAAGGAGACCUACAGUUCCAUCAGCAUUUCGUAACAUGUCAAAUACAACAUCCCCGAACAGUUCAACAAGCGGUGCUAGUGGCACAAGUGGUAGCUCCUCGGUCACACCGAUACGAUCCUCACGAGGACGGAGCACCUCUUCAAAGGGAAGUACAACUUCCACACUUACACCUUCACCAUCUCCUACUCCUGGAAAGUAUGCUGAUGAGAAUGGUCCUAUGCUGGAUUCAGUCAGUGAACACGAGGCUGGAGCUGGAGAUGAGUUAUCUGGUAUACUGAAGAAGCUUUCCUUAGAAAAAUAUCAUCCUAUAUUUGAAGAGCAAGAGGUUGAUAUGGAGGCUUUCCUCACAUUGACUGAUGAUGAUCUCUCAGAGUUAGGCAUUUCCCAUGUAGAAUCUCGCAAACAGAUACUCACUGAAAUUACUGAAUUAAACACAGGAAAGGCUCGUGACAGACGACAAUUCCAUGAUACAAUGACAAAUUUCCAGACUACUUUAAAAGCAAAACAGAUGUCUGAUGCUGGGAGUACCAAUGGCAGUAAUAUAGAACAAAUGUGGCUUAACCCUGGAGAGGUGGACCCAGACUCAUAGGAAAAAAUGAUGUCACAAUAUUUCUCUAAACUAGACAUCACUUAGUCAACCCAUUCAUUCAUAGAUCAUCAUUAGACAGUGCAGUGUCUUUCCAGUGUAGUUGUUAAGAGCCUUUGCAUCUCAUUUAACAGAAGGUUAAUGCUGAGUAGCUGGUUUAUCUACAAAAUAAUGCACAGAAGGGUGCCUUGGGUUUUCCCCUUUGCAAAGUUGAAAAUUCACCUAAAGAUCUUAAAAUAAUGCACAAAAGGGUGCCUUGGGUUUUCUCUCUUUGUAAUUUUGGAAGUUCUCCUAAAGAUCUUAAAAUAAUGCACAGAAGGGUGCCUUGGGUUUUCCGUCUUUAUAAAGUUGGAAAUUCACCCAAAUAUCUUAAAAUAAUACACAGAAGGGUGCCUAAAAUAAUACACAGAAGGGUGCCUUGAGAUUUUCUUUUUGUUAAGUUGGAAAUUUUCCGAAAGAUCUUAAUAGUUCUAGUGUUGCCCAACCAUCGUAAAGGGAGGAACAAAUCAUCAUGGUAAUUUAAUACCUUUAGGUCAAUAGUUGAUAUUUACUUGUCAUGUUUUUCUUAUAUAUAUAAAAAUUGAUAAAUAAUAGAAAUAUUGUUGACAUAUCUCUUUGAUUUUUGAAGAGCAUUUGAGCCACGUCAUGACAAAAUCAACAUAAUGGGUUUGUGACCAGCA